AUGGGGCUGGAUGGGAACCGUGUGAUUGUGUCUCUUUCCUUGUCCACAGCCCCCAGCGCCGCCUCUGUCGACGAGUUGACAAGGGAACUCGAUGCCACCGCAACAGUAUUGGCAAACCGGCAAGAUGAAAGCGAGCAGUCUAGAAAGCGGCUCAUUGAGCAGAGCCGAGAGUUCAAGAAGAACACUCCAGAGGAUUUACGCAAGCAGGUAGCGCCACUGCUGAAGAGCUUCCAAGGGGAGAUUGAUGCACUGAGUAAAAGAAGCAAAGAAGCUGAGGCAGCCUUCUUGAAUGUCUACAAAAGAUUGAUUGAUGUUCCAGAUCCUGUACCAGCCCUGGAUCUCGGGCAGCAGCUCCAGCUCAAAGUGCAGCGCCUGCACGACAUUGAAACAGAGAACCAGAAACUUAGGGAAACACUCGAGGAAUACAACAAGGAAUUUGCUGAAGUGAAAAAUCAAGAGGUUACGAUAAAAGCACUUAAAGAGAAAAUCCGAGAAUAUGAACAGACUCUGAAGAACCAAGCUGAGACUAUAGCUCUCGAAAAGGAACAAAAGUUACAAAAUGAUUUUGCAGAAAAGGAGAGAAAGCUGCAAGAGACACAGAUGUCCACCACCUCAAAGCUGGAAGAAGCGGAACAUAAAGUUCAGACCCUGCAAACAGCCCUGGAAAAAACUCGAACAGAAUUAUUUGACCUGAAAACCAAAUAUGAUGAAGAAAUUACUGCCAAGGCCGAUGAAAUUGAAAUGAUCAUGACGGACCUUGAAAGAGCAAACCAGAGGGCAGAGGUGGCUCAGAGAGAGGCGGAGACCUUAAGAGAGCAGCUCUCGUCAGCCAACCACUCUCUCCAGCUGGCCUCGCAGAUCCAGAAGGCGCCGGACGUGGAGCAGGCCAUAGAGGUGCUGACCCGCUCCAGCCUCGAAGUUGAGUUGGCCGCCAAAGAGCGGGAAAUCGCCCAGCUGGUGGAGGACGUGCAGAGACUGCAGGCUAGCCUCACCAAGCUGCGGGAGAACUCCGCCAGCCAGAUCUCCCAGCUCGAGCAGCAGCUGAGUGCCAAGAACAGCACGCUCAAACAACUGGAAGAAAAACUCAAAGGACAGGCUGACUAUGAAGAGGUGAAGAAAGAACUCAAUAUUCUGAAGUCCAUGGAGUUUGCACCGUCUGAGGGAGCUGGGACACAGGACGCAUCCAAGCCCCUGGAGGUGCUGCUGCUGGAGAAGAACCGCUCGCUGCAGUCCGAGAACGCCUCUCUGCGCAUCUCCAACAGCGACCUGAGCGGGUCAGCCAGGAGAAAAGGGAAAGACCAGCCUGAGAGUCGGCGUCCUGGACCUUUGCCGGCGCCCCCUCCUCAGUUGCCCCGCAACACGGGGGAGCAGGCUUCCAAUACUAAUGGUACACACCAGUUCUCACCAGCGGGGUUAACGCAAGACUUUUUCAGCUCAUCCCUGGCAAGCCCCAGCCUACCCCUGGCUUCUACGGGAAAAUUUGCACUAAACUCUCUCCUCCAACGACAGCUAAUGCAGUCCUUCUACUCCAAGGCCAUGCAGGAAGCAGGAAGCACAAGCAUGAUUUUUUCAACAGGUCCAUACAGCACAAACUCCAUAUCUUCCCAAAGUCCAUUACAACAAAGCCCAGAUGUAAAUGGCAUGGCCCCGUCUCCCAGCCAGUCAGAAAGUGCUGGGAGCGUCUCCGAGGGCGAGGAGAUAGACACUGCAGAAAUCGCCCGGCAGGUGAAAGAGCAGUUGAUCAAGCACAAUAUUGGACAGCGCAUUUUUGGACAUUAUGUCUUGGGACUGUCUCAAGGGUCCGUGAGCGAGAUUCUGGCCCGGCCCAAACCAUGGAAUAAACUGACUGUUCGCGGGAAGGAGCCUUUUCACAAGAUGAAGCAGUUCCUCUCGGAUGAGCAGAACAUCUUGGCUCUUCGCAGCAUCCAAGGCAGACAAAGAGAGAAUCCAGGCCAGAGCCUGAACAGACUAUUUCAGGAAGUACCGAAACGAAGAAAUGGGUCUGAAGGUAACAUCACCACCCGGAUCCGAGCCUCAGAGACUGGGUCCGAUGAAGCAAUCAAGUCUAUCCUGGAACAAGCCAAAAGGGAACUGCAAGUGCAAAAAACUGCAGAGCCCGCCCAGCCUUCUUCCACAUCUGGCAGUGGGAACUCCGAUGACGCCAUCCGCUCCAUCCUGCAGCAAGCCCGCCGAGAAAUGGAGGCUCAACAAGCUGCCCUCGACCCCGCCUUAAAACAAACGCCACUGACACAGACUGACAUUACCAUCCUGACCCCCAAGUUAAUAUCCACCUCGCCCAUGUCCUCGGUGUCCAGCUACCCUCCUCUAGCCAUCUCCUUGAAGAAGCCCGCCUCCGCCUCUGCCCCUGAUUCCAGCAACCCUGCUCUGCCCAACCCCCCAGCCCUCAAAAAGGAGUCCCAGGACGCACCUGGACUGGACCUCCAGGGAGCCACCGACUCUACACCCGGUGUCCUGCGACACGUGAAGAACGAGCUGGGCCGCAGUGGCGGGUGGAAGGACCACUGGUGGAGCACCGUGCAGCCGGAGAGAAAGAACAACCCUCCUUCCGAGGAAACAAAGGCCGAAGAAGCCAGCAGCGGGAAAGAAAAAGGUGGCAGCAGCCAGGCAAGAGCUGAACGCAGCCAGCUCCAGGGACCCUCCUCCUCCUCCUCUGAAUACUGGAAAGAAUGGCCCAGCGCUGAGUCACCGUACUCCCAGAGCUCAGAGCUGAGCCUGACCGGAGCCAGCCGCAGCGAGACGCCCCAGAACAGCCCCCUGCCUUCCUCCCCCAUCGUGCCCCUGUCCAAGCCCACCAAGCCCUCUGUCCCUCCACUGACGCCUGAGCAGUAUGAGAUCUACAUGUACCAGGAGGUGGACACCAUCGAGCUCACCCGGCAGGUGAAAGAGAAGCUGGCCAAGAAUGGCAUUUGUCAGCGGAUCUUCGGGGAAAAGGUGCUGGGCCUGUCCCAGGGCAGUGUCAGUGACAUGCUGUCCCGGCCGAAGCCAUGGAGCAAGCUGACCCAGAAAGGCCGCGAACCCUUCAUCCGGAUGCAGCUCUGGCUAAAUGGCGAGCUGGGCCAGGGCGUCCUGCCGGUCCAAGGACAACAACAGGGGCCAGUCCUCCAUUCUGUGACGUCACUACAGGAUCCUCUGCAGCAAGGCUGUGUGAGCUCAGAAAGCACGCCAAAGACCUCUGCCAGCUGCAGCCCUGCACCUGAAUCACCAAUGAGCUCUAGUGAAUCAGUGAAGAGUUUGACUGAACUGGUCCAGCAGCCCUGUCCCCCCAUUGAAACAAGUAAGGAUGGAAAACCACCAGAACCCAGCGACCCGCCUGCUUCAGACUCCCAGCCCACCACCCCACUGCCUCUCUCCGGACACUCAGCCCUCAGCAUUCAAGAGUUGGUAGCCAUGUCUCCAGAGCUGGACACCUACGGUAUAACCAAGAGAGUCAAGGAGGUGCUGACUGACAACAACCUUGGUCAGCGCUUAUUUGGGGAGACCAUCUUAGGGCUCACCCAAGGCUCUGUCUCCGACCUCCUCGCUCGCCCAAAGCCCUGGCACAAGCUCAGUCUGAAGGGACGGGAGCCCUUUGUCCGAAUGCAGCUAUGGCUGAAUGACCCCAACAACGUGGAGAAGCUGAUGGAUAUGAAACGGAUGGAAAAGAAAGCCUACAUGAAGCGGCGGCACAGCUCAGUCAGCGACAGCCAGCCCUGUGAGCCGCCCUCCGUUGGCAUUGACUAUAGCCAAGGCGCAAGCCCUCAGCCCCAGCACCAGCUGAAGAAACCCCGUGUGGUGCUGGCUCCUGAAGAGAAAGAAGCUCUGAAACGAGCAUAUCAGCAAAAGCCAUACCCGUCACCAAAAACCAUCGAAGAACUCGCCACCCAGCUCAACUUGAAAACCAGCACUGUCAUCAACUGGUUCCACAAUUACAGGUCUCGGAUCCGCAGAGAACUGUUCAUUGAGGAGAUUCAGGCCGGGAGCAGGGCCAGACUGGGGCCAAGCGACUCCCCCGGACGGCCCUCAGCAGCCGGCCGGGCGCCUAGUUUCUGAGGGAACAGCUGUGACGCCGUGAAGGCUUCUAAGAGAGUUCUUGGGCCAGGAGUGCCCCUGGCCCUGCUGGCUGCUCCGAUGGCAGUCCUUCAGGCAGGAGAAGGGCGCUGUGCAGAGCUGCAGGUCCACGUCACCGAGGCCAUGGCCAUGGUGACUGAGCAGAGGGAGCUGAUUGCCCGCCUGGAGCAGGAUCUCAGCACCAUCCAGUCCAUCCAGCGGCCAGAUGCCGAGGGUGCAGCCGAGCACGGCCUGGAGAAGAUCCCAGAGCCCAUCAAGGAGGCCACCGCCCUGUUCUAUGGACCCACGGCACCAGCCAGCGGCACCCUCCCCGAGGGCCAGGUAGACUCACUGCUGUCCAUCAUCUCCAGCCAGAGGGAGCGUUUCCGGACCCGGAACCAGGAGCUGGAGGCUGAGCACCGCAUGGCCCAGCACACCAUCCAAGCCCUGCAGAGCGAGCUGGACAGCCUGCGCGCCGACAACAUCAAGCUCUUCGAGAAAAUCAAGUUCCUGCAGAACUACUCUGGCCGGGUUUGA